AUGGCGAUGCCAAGGCCGCUUCGGGUCGACGCCGAGGCCGCUUCGGGUGCCAAGGCCGUUUCGGGCGCCGAGGCUGCUUCGGGCGCCAAGGCCGCAUCAGGUGCCCAGCCACUCCGGCGCGGGGAACCGCUCUGCCCCACCGCCUCCGCCACAACGCCACAGCGAGCAUUACCUAAGCGAGCAUGGCACGCCUUGUCGCCGCCAUAUUCUCGUCGCCGCCGGUUUCGUUGCGGCCCAUUGAUUGCGUCCUCGUCUUCCCAACCACACGCGCCGUGCUCUUUCCACCAAUCCUUGGACGGCAACGCUUCUCGAUGGACGUCUGCUUCGGAGCCGUCCGUCUCGCCCAGGACGACGUCUCCCGCAACCGGGGUGACUGCCGUCGAGAAGGCUACCGGUGAAGGGUACGACGGAUGGUGGCGGGCACCAAGGCAACGGCCGACGGGCUCUGCACAUGCCACGAGCAUCUCGUGUCGUUCCGUCCAGGCACGAGGCACGACGUGCUUGACGGUCUCCGAGGCACGUGCCGAAUGCCCCUUUGUCGUCGAGUGCUGCCUGCAUCCGGCGCAGGUGCCUCUAGCCGGGCCCGUCUUCUCGACGAGCACGCCAGCCUCUCGGCGAUGCGUUGGCGACAUGCUCGGUGCGCUUCCCUGCCGGGCCCUGCUUCGUUCGCUUCGAGUGCCAGGCCCACUGUACGUUUGCUGCAUCUCCAGCCGCAAGCCGUCGAGGACGUCGGUGCGCAGAGUCUACUCUCUGGCUCGACGAUGCGACGAGGUCGCCCACGGAAGCAUCCAGGCCGGCCCUGCGCAUGGUAGUCGUAUCGACUGGCCAGCUUUCAGCCCUCGACGGUCGUAG